AUGGAGGCGUCUGGCACUCUCAGUGUGGAGGCCUUGCGGGAGCAGCUGCUCCAGGGGCUCAAGGCUGAGCAUGUGGUGGAAGAAUACACAACCCCUGGACUCUGUGCCACAAGCUUCAAAGUCCUAGUAGCUUCCCCACGAUCCCAAGGAAAAGCACUGUUGCAUCAGCAUUGGCUGGUCAAUGAAAUCUUAGUGGAGGAGUUGAAGCGCAUUCACGCCUUUGAGCAGAGAACGCUAAGGCCAGAGCAGUGGGUGAAAGAACAAGAAGCUAC